AUGUCGGGCAGCCCGCGCACGUACCCAGCCAAGCCGCCCAAGUCCCCCGCGGGGGCAGCGGCCGCCGCCGUCACCGCCGCCGGUGCCAAGGAUUUCCUGCAGGCGGACAGCAUCGCCGCCUCCAAGAACAACACCAUCUCCAGCCAGCACCGAGCGGCCGCGACCCAGGGCUCGGGGGCGGCCCUCCAGGCCUGGAGACACUUUGAAGCCCGCCUCAACUCGAUUAAAAACAAAGUGUGCUCCGGCGCCUUAAGUGGCCGCGCCGAGAGACGAGAGGCGGAGCGGGGCCACCGUCUGCAGUGGCCGUCGAGGACCGCCUCUCCCGUCUGCUGUGCUUCCAGCUAUUACCGCCCGUUCGAGGGCGCCGCCCCCGAUACCGGCCUAUGUAAGCCUUUCUCGCCGUCGGCAUCCGGCGGGCGCCUUGGCGGCAGGAACAAUGUGGGCCUGUGGGCGCGGGCGUCGCCCUGUGUGGUCCCUGCUCUUCCCUCCUCCGCCCCGGCCACGCCCCGGAGCCAUCUGCAGCCUCCUCCCCCUCCGACGCCUCCGCCGCGACGGAAAUGCGCCGUGACGGACACGGCUGCUGGUUGCCGGCCGCGCCAGCUGCGCAGCGCCUCCACUAAUCAAGCCACCGCCGCCGCCUCCGACUGCCUCCUCGAGCGCUGGGUGCGCGCUUUGAGUUCCAUUCGAGGGCACGGCCGGCGGCCAACACGUGCCGCCCUAAUGCCGGCAGCGCAGGCGCAGGCGCAGGGCAGAGCCGGGCCACACUCGUCCGCUAAACCCGGGAUUAGGGCACCCGCCGAUUCUCGCGGGGACCUGUUGUUCCCCGGGGCGCACCGCUAA